AUGACUUCUACACCAUUUUCAAACUUACACUCACGUAUCAUGCUCUCACAAGGUCGAUCAAAUCAAUUUAGAUCAGCUCUACCAAAGACUCCAAGGUCCUUGGUUAGAACUACGCAACGUCCUGUACUAAAACCUAAACGACGUUUUGUUAUUAAUAAAAUUAUUUUAAAUAAUUUCAAAUCAUAUUUUGGUCAAACGGAAAUAGGUCCGUUUCACAAGUCAUUUUCUGCUAUCGUCGGACCAAAUGGUUCGGGAAAAUCAAAUAUCAUCGAUGCGCUUUUAUUUGUAUUUGGUUUUCGAGCAAAUAAAAUGAGGCAAGCAAAAUUAUCAGAACUUAUUCAUUCAUCACGGGGUCAUGAAAAUCUGGAUGCUUGCAGUGUUGAUGUAUGUUUUGAAGAAAUUCUUGACUUGCCUGGUUCGGAUAAUUAUGAGGUUCUACCUCAAUCUCAAUUGGUUAUCUCGCGUCAAGCUUUUCGCAAUAAUGCAAGCAAAUAUUUCAUAAAUGGACGACAAAGCAAUUACACUGAAGUUACGAGUCUUUUGAAAGAAAGGGGGAUCGAUUUGGAUCAUAAACGAUUUCUAAUUUUGCAGGGAGAGGUUGAAUUAAUAUCACAGAUGAAACCCAAAGCACCAAAUGAGCAUGAAGAUGGACUCUUAGAAUAUAUUGAAGACAUUAUCGGAACUUCUAAAUAUAAAAUCCCUCUUGAAGAAGCAAAUGAAAAGGUUGAAACAUUGAAUGAAGAACGAUCAGAAAAAUUAAAUCGCGUUAAAAUAGUUGAAAAGCAGAAACGAAGUUUAGAGGCCAAGAAAAAGGAAGCAGAAGAUUAUCUCCGAGAUGAAAACACGUUAUCUCUGAAAAAGUCUUCACUUUAUCAAAGAAAAUUGCUAGAGUGUAAAAUUAAUAUUGAAACAUCAACUAAGGCUAUGAAUAAAUUAAAAGAUCAACUAAGAGAAGAAAAUGAAAAGCAUGUUCAGAUAAAACAAGAUAACAAAUAUCUUGAAGAUAAAUACAGAGAUUCUGUUAAUGCCUUUCAGAAACUUGAUAAAGAAACAAAUGAAUCUCUGACAGAAUUGGCAAAUUAUGAGCAAGAAGAUAUUGACCUGGAAGAAAGAAAGAAACACGCAAUUUCUAAACAGAAGAAAGUUACAAUGGCAAUUUCUACAAAUCUUCAUGGACUUUCGGAAGCGAAAUCAGCAAUGCUAUUUAAUGAACAGGAUUUGAAUGAUCGAAUGGAAGAGAUGGCGAGCUUGGAAAGAUCUUUAGAGGCCCAAGAAAGUGACCUUGAUAAGAUCAGAGAAAGCUUAAGAGUCAAGUCGGAAGUUUAUUCAAACCAAAUUGAAGAAAAACAAAGAGAACUUGCACAUUUGUCAGAGAAAAUUAUUGCAAAGCAAUCACUUAUUUGUGUCAAACAAUCUGAGUUUAAUAUUUUAAAAGAGAAAGUUGAUUCAAUAAAACAAGAUCAUAAAAAAGCUGAAGAAUAUGCUUUCACGCUUAGAGAAUCAUGUAGGAAGAAGAAUCAAAUCAAAGACACGAAACUAGAAAUUCAACAAUUGGAGUCUGAUUUAAAGCAUUACCUUGCUCAGAAAGAACAUCUCAAGUCUAGUCUUGCUGAUUCUCGACAACAAGAAGAUGAGGCGAAAAAAUUUUUUGAAUCUUCUCAGUCUAGAGGAAUAGUUCUUAGUAGCCUGAUAGAGCUCAAAGAUAAUGAUCGUAUAAAAGGAUUAUAUGAUCGUUUGGGUAACCUUGGUGUCAUUGAUGAUAAAUACGAUGUCGCGAUCACAACUGCCUGCCCUGCAUUGGACAACAUCGUUGUCGAUUCUGUUGAAGUUGGACAAACUUGUAUCGAUUACCUUAGAAGUAACGAUAUAGGUCGCGCCACAUUUAUUACUUUAGACGAGCUGCCGACAAUGGACAUGCGCCCGAUAAAAACGCCUGAAAAUGUUCCUCGGCUUUUUGAUCUCGUUAAGCCGAGAGAAAAUAUUUUUAUCCCAGCAUUUUACAGUGUGUUGGGUAAUACUUUGGUGGCCCAAGAUCUGACGCGGGCGAGUAGGAUCGCCUUCGGCGAACCACGGUGGCGCGUGGUGACGCUAGUAGGCCAAGUCCUCGAAAAAUCGGGCGCGAUGAGUGGCGGUGGGCAUUUAAAAUCUAAAAGCGCUAUGAGCUCGAGAAUAAUAACAUCCGAGACCAUAGCGAAAUUGGAAAAAGACCGUGUCCACUUAGAAACGCAAUGGCAUAGAUUUCAACAGAACCUUGGAUCGUUAGAAGCCCAACUUCAAUAUAAAAAGGAAGAAAUUCCUAAACUGGAGUUUGAUAUAUUGAAGCUGGAAACGGAUGCUGCCGCUUAUUCACAGUGUAGUAGAAAAAGAGCAUCCGAGUUACGGCGACUAAAUGAUCCAAGUAUAGAUGAUACCAAGAAUAUGGCUCGAUUAAAAUUACAAAUCGAUCAUCUAACACAAGAGUUAGAUGGAUUGAAAAGACAACCCUCCAAAAUCGAAGAGGAGAUUAAGAUUUUGCAAAUGAAGAUUUUGGAAAUUGGGAAAGAUAAACUUCGAGUUCAAAAGUCUAAAAUAGAUCAUGUUAAAGAUCAACUCGUUUUAAUAAAUGAACGAAUUACCAAGUCGCAAGUGGCCAAAUCAAGGGCGGACAAAGAUAUAACGAAAUUCGAAAAUUCUCUAGCAAAAAGUGAAAGAGAAUUGGAAGGAUUGAAUAAUGAGAUAGAGAAGCUUACAAAAGAAAUUCAACACAACGCGCAAGUUUCUCGUUCCAUUCGUAUUAAAGCCGAUGAAGCCAAAUCGAUUUUGGAAAAUAAAAAAGAAGAAUUGGAUGAAAUCAAGGAAAAACUUGAUGAAAAAACCGAAAUAAUUAAUCGGAAUCGAGUAAUCGAGUUAAAAAUCAAAAACCAGCUUGAAGACUGUGAACGCAAUUUGGCAGAAAAUAAACAGAAAGAAACUCAUUGGCGAAAAUCUAUUGCCAAACUUACACUUCAUGAGAUUGGAGGUGAUGAGGAGCAAGAGUUUCAAAUUUAUACCGAUGAUGAGCUCGAUACUAUGAACAUGAAUACAUUACAGGCAGAGAUUGAUGGUCUUAAAGAGAAAAUACAAAAUGCCAAUCCAAAUAUAAGUGUUUUGGAAGAAUAUCAUAUUCGUGAGAAAGAGUAUUUGUCACGUGCUAAUGAUCUUGAAGAGAUUACUUCUAAACGUGAUGAAUGUAAAGAGGAAUACGACCGUUUAAGAAAGCAACGAUUGGAAGAAUUCAUGCGUGGGUUCACUUUAAUCUCUCAGAAACUCAAAGAAAUGUAUCAGAUGAUUACUCCCGGAGGAAAUGCCGAGCUUGAAUUUUACGACAGUUUUGAUCCUUUUUCUGAAGGAAUUAUUUUUAGUGUUAUGCCGCCGAGAAAGAGCUGGAAAAAUAUUUCGAAUUUAUCUGGUGGAGAAAAGACAAUUAGUUCUUUGGCUUUGGUAUUUGCUCUACACCAUUUCAAACCUACACCCAUAUACGUCAUGGAUGAGAUCGAUGCGGCCUUGGAUUUCCGCAAUGUGUCAAUCGUCGCUAAUUAUAUUAAAGAGCGCACGCAAGAUGCGCAGUUCAUAGUAAUCAGUUUACGGGAUAAGUUAUUCGAAUCGUCAGAUCGUUUAGUGGGAAUUUACAAAACCGAUGAUCAG